AUGGCGUCCACCACCACGAGGUCCGCGGCGCAUGAACAAACGCCAUUGCUGAGGCAUCACAGAGCACAAGAAGAUGUCGCAACGGCACAACCACCUCGAGGAUCCAGAAGCAGCUCUGAUAGCGCAACACGCACGCAGCAGCAGCAAGGCGAUGUUCCAUUCCCGCCAUACCGAAUCCUCUUGCCCAUCCUCUUUGUCAUUUGGGUGCCGGUCUUUGCAGCAGCGCUAGACAGCACCAUCGUAGCUGUGCUGGUGUCCUCCAUCGCCUCUUCUUUUGGCGCAUCCGAGCGUUCUUCGUGGUUAGGCACCUCCUACCUCUUAUCAGUAUGCUGCUUUGCCCCAAUUUAUGGUAGAUUAUGCGACAUUUUGGGAAGGAGGAUCUCCAUGCUACUUGGCUUGACGUUCUUCACCCUAGGAACGUUGGGGUGUGGACUUGCGGGAAGCAUGAAUGCGCUCAUCGCCUUCAGAGCAUUGGCAGGAGCUGGAGGGGGCGGAUUGACAGUGGUGACGAGCACGGUGAUGAGCGAUGUCAUACCUCUUCGCAGCAGAGGCUUGAUGCAAGGUCUCACCAACAUCAUCUUUGGUCUGGGAAGCGGACUGGGAGGACCGAUUGGUGGAUUGGCAAACGACAAGCUGGGUUGGAGAGCAGCUUUCAACCUUCAGGUUCCCAUCCUCUGCCUCGCUCUCUUGACUUCCUUCCUCGUCGACUUUGAUAAGCACAGGCAUUCGGUCAACAUGUCACUGGCGCCCACAGCAGCCGAUGCCGACCAGCUCCAACAAGCGUCACCGACCCUCGCAUUCAAAUUGCGCCAAAUCGAUUUCUUGGGCUCCUUCUUCCUAGUACUCUCUGUUGGAUCCACGCUAUUUGCGCUGAGCAGCCUGAGCGCGGAGGAUCGCACGUUGAAAGAUAUGCAAGUCUGGCUCGCUCUGGUACUGGGCUCGCUCGGCAGCGUAGCAUUCAUCUUUGUGGAACAUCGCAUCGCGUCCAAACCCAUCUUGCCUCUUCGUUUGCUCACGCAGAGAACAGCAGCGAGCGUAUCUCUGACCAACUUUGCGCUGGCCAUAUCCUCCUUUGGCCUACUCUACAACUAUCCCCUCUACUUUCAAGCGGUCAAGCUGCAAUCAGCUUCUCAAGCAGGUCUUCACCAAAUGCCGUACUCUGUCAGUCUGAGCAUUAGCUCAGUCUUGGCUGGACUGUACAUGCGUUGGAGGGGGGUGUAUUGGAUGUACAACUUGUUGAAUGCUGCGUUGAUGGUGGUGGGAUCAGGCAUCAUUGCAGCCUUUACACCCAGCACGCCAGAAUGGAUCACCUGGGUGGCCAUCGCGCCUUUGGGUUUCGGUACUUGUGGAGUAUUGACAUGCACCCUCAUCGCGCUCAUCAAUAGCGUCAGCAGGUCCGACAUUGCAGUAGCCACAGGCAUCUCUUACCUCUUCCGAACAUCGGGUCAAGUUGUUGGCGUCGCGGUCUCGGGAGCAAUCCUUCAAUCCGUCCUGGCCAACGAGUUGAAAAGAUGCAUUCGAGGCCCAGACUCUGCCCAGAUCAUCGAUGCUAUCAGGCACCAGUCCAGCAUCAUACCCACGCUAGAGCCAGAGAUUCGAGAACAGGCAAGAGAAGCCUACAUGAUCGCUCUGAGAUCGGCUUUUCUCUUCAUCCUAGGCGCGACUGUCGUUGUGCUGCUGGGCAGCUUUGCUAUUGAAGAUGUGCCACUCCCUGAGCAUUCGAGCAAAUCAACGGACUCGAGCCAAGACGAGGAACUGGGAGCUUCACAAGAGCAAGAGCAACGACGAGAUGACCCUGGUCGUUGA